CAGUUAAACGACUGUAAUCAAGCUAUUUUGUUUUAUAUGUUUUGGUACAAGUUGUCAUAAUUGUCCAACCACAAAAAUCUGACAAUUAGAUGUGGGCUGAAACCUGAAUCAUUAUCUUGUACAUCUUCUGUGUAUUCAGUCGUGAUUAAAUUAUCGGUUCACCUGGAAUUUUAUCUCAAAAACAAGACAAAAUACUACAGGAUAUGCCUCAUGACCACAAGAUAUUGUAAUUAGAAAAGGAUGUAACAAUAGUUGUAGACAAGGGAGUGAACUCAUACAAGAAGAAUCAUGGGGAAAGGACAGUCAAAGUCAUAUGAUAUCAGUACCAAUCCACAGAAGGCAUCUCACAAAAGACCAAAGUCUUCAAACCAGCGUGAGUCACUGCUUCUGUCAAGGAAUAGUACAAAUAUUGACGAUAAUACUCAGCUCAAUAACCAACCAAACGGAGAUAAGUCACCAACAGAGCAAAAACCUGAUAAUAGGGGAGAUCAUUCUGUGGAAACUAAGAAAUCGGACAUUAAUGGAAUUGCAGACAACAAUUCAAAUUUAGAAUCUCACGAAAAACAAAAAGAUUCAGAAACUCCUGUUGUGACUGAAAAUAAUAAACAGGAAGUAGAAACUUUGGAUUCCAAGGGAGAACCUUCUGAGGAGGUUCAAGUUGAUAGUGCUAAAGAUAGCUCAGAGUCUAACAGCUAUAAUCCUAAAGAGGAGAGUGAUCAAAUUGAUAAAGCUUUAGAGGACUAUAUUGAGUCACAAAAAAGGGAAGAAAGUAAAGAAAAGGAAGAUAUUAUUACAGAGGAAUCUGAUUUAAAAGAGGAGGUUGAGGAGAGUGAGCAAACUGUGACAGUAGAAUUAAGUGAAUCAAAGGAGGAGGUUCCAAAAGAGGAUAAUCAGAUUGGAGAGGAGGAGCAGAAGGAAGAUAGUGAAACUAAGCCUGAACUGAAAGAGGAUAGUGAUAAGGUGGAAGUCAUAAUUAAAACUGAGACUGAAUUUCAGGAGGAAGACAUUAUUAAAACUGAGACUGAAUUUCAGGAGGAAAACAUAAUUAAAACUGGGACUGAAUUUCAGGAGGAGGUACAGGAAGUUGUUGUUACUACUGAUCAACAAGAGGAAAGUGACGUGAAGGAGGCAGUUGAGAAAGAAGAGGUUGAAACUGAGACUAGUCCGGAUACACCCAGGGACACAGAGGAUAAGCCUGUCGUAGAAUCAGAAACGGUGCAGUUUAACACUGUUAUCAGCCUAGAAACCACACCGCCAGGAUCGGACAGAUCUCCUCAGGAGGCAGACACAAGAGAGGGGGCAGUAGAUUUUGUAGAACCCCAAGUGGAUAUUGUACCACCUGCAGAGCCAGUUGUUCCUGUAGAGGAGCCCACAUUACCCGAGUCUGCAUCAUUAGUGUCAUCAGAGCUUGUAGUCCAAGUGUCGUCAGAGGUUGAUAUAGACAUGGCAUCUGUUGAAGCUGUUGUGUGUGAGGUGGAUGACCUCAAGGAUGGAGAAAUGAGAGAAGUAGAUGUUGGAGAAGGGAAAGCUUUACUGGUUAGAGAGAAUGGCCAAUUCUAUGCUUUAGGCAAUAAAUGUACUCACUAUGGUGCUCCCCUAGCUAAAGGUGCUUUAAACAAUGGAAGAGUUCGUUGCCCUUGGCAUGGUGCUUGUUUUAAUGUAAAGACAGGUGAUAUUGAAGAUUUCCCAGGAUUAGACAGUCUUCCAAAAUUUGAUGUAACAGUUGCUGAUGGCAAAGUAAAGGUUAAAGGUGACAAGGCACUUCUGACUUCAAGCAAAGUUCAAAAGUCAAUGUGCAAACAAUCUGCAGACAACCAGAAAUCAGUUCUAAUAGUUGGUGGAGGUCCAGCCUCUGUUAUGUGUGCUGAAACAUUAAGGAAGGAAGGAUUUACUGGUAAAAUCACCAUAGCAACACAAGAAAGACAUUUACCAUAUGACAGAAUCAAACUUAGCAAAGCCAUGGAUUCUUCAGCAGAUGCUAUUGUACUCCGAAAUGCUGACUUCUACAAAACAAAUGGUAUUGACAUCCUUAAUAAUAAAAAGGCAACUUCUGUAGACAGUCAAGCUAAGAUUGUUAAGUUUGAGGAUGAAUCGUCUCUCAAUUAUACAUCACUAGUCAUCGCAACUGGAGGAAAACCCCGACAGUUACCAAUAAAUGGGGCAGACUUUGAGAAUGUCUGUUUACUGAGGACCCCUGACGAUGCCAAUAAAAUAGCAGAAGCUGCCAAAGGCAAAAAAGUGGUUAUAAUUGGUUCAUCUUUCAUUGGGAUGGAGGUUGCAGCAUAUAUGACAUCCGUAGCUAAAUCUGUCUCUGUUCUCGUCAGAGGGAAAGCCCCAUUUGAAAAUAUCCUAGGGAUAAAAAUAGGGAAUAUGAUUACAAAGUUACAUGAGGACCAAGGGGUGAAGUUUUAUUUUGAACGAGGGAUCAAAGAAUUUACUGGAAAUGACAACAGAGCAACAGAAGCUGUAUUGUCAGACGACACAAAACUGCCAUGUGAUCUUGCCAUAUUAGGUGUAGGUGUUGUACCAGCCACUGACUUUUUGAAAGAUUCAGACAUUACUAUGACAAACAGAGGAUUCAUUCCAGUUGAUAAGAACAUGAAAACCAAUGUUGAUGGUAUCUAUGCAGCAGGAGAUAUUGUGGAAUUUCCCUUAUUUACAGCAGGGGACCAGCAAGUUAAUGUACAACAUUGGCAGAUGGCUCAUGCACAUGGAAAGGCAGCUGCAUUAGGUAUACUAGAGAAAAAUGAAGAUGUAAAGAGUGUGCCAUUUUUCUGGACUAUGAUGUAUAAAAAGAGCAUUAGAUAUACAGGAUAUGGUUUUGGUUAUGAUGACAUUGUAGUCCAUGGUGAUCUGGAUGCUCCUAACUUUACAGCAUUCUAUACAAAAGGUGAUGAGGUUGUAGCUGUAGCCACUCUAGGAACAGACCCAGUGGCAGCACAAGUGGCAGAGAUCAUGUAUGCAGGACAGAAAAUUCUCAAGGCAGAAAUACAGGAUUCAGUAGAUGCAGUGGUGGAAAAGUUUGCCAAACUGUGAAAGAAGAUUAAUGUCAUAUCAUAACUAAGUGCUCUGUAUAUAAAUUAAAAACAACUGAAAUGCAAUAAAUGGUUAAUAUUUAACAUUUUUAUGGAAUUAAGUUAUUUGAUUGUUGAAUUAAUUUUUAUUGUUAGCCUAUGAACAUUUAAUGUUCAGCAGUACAUGAAAAAGUUAAUUGCUUCUUGUACAAAGUGCUUUAUAAUGAUACAGUUUCUAACUAUUGUCAAAAAAUUAUGGAAUGAGCAAUAAUCCAUGGAUUGAAAGUUCAAGAAAAGUAUCUUUAUGGAAGUAGUGAAGUAAUUGCCAAUUAACAAUUUAUAACAGAUAAAACUGUAGUUUUCAAAUUAUGAAAUAUAUUGUUCUUAAGCUCUAAAUUGAUUACUGUUGACAGCUUAUAAUAGACAAAUAAAGCAAUGAAACUGAAAA